UUUAAAUCUCCUACUUUUCUUCCAAACUGUGUUCUCCCUGAUGAAACCGAAUCCUCCAGCUGUGGUGUCCCAGGCGCCGCCUCCCUCGGCGCCCCUCUCCUGCCCUGCCCUGAGCAGCCAGCCGCGCCGCCCACAAGCCCCGACUAUUCCGCAGGUCACCAGCCCUGAAGAUGAAGGUUUGGCUCUUGCUGGGACUUCUGUUGGUACACGAAGCGCUGGAAGAUGUUGCUGGUCAACACCCUCCUAAGAACAAGCGUGCAAAGGAACAAGGAGAAAACAGAAUCAAACCUACCAACAAAAAGGCCAAACCCAAGAUUCCAAAAGUAAAGGACAGGGACUCAGCUGACUCCACACCAAAGAGCCAGUCCAUCAUGAUGCAGGCCAUGGACAGCGGCCGCUUCCAGAAGCCUGCUGCUACGAUGAGUCUGAUGGCCGGACAAACGGUAGAGCUCAGGUGUAAAGGAAGCAAAGUGGAGUGGAGUUACCCCGCCUACCUGGACACCUUCAAGGACUCCCGUCUCAGUGUGAAGCAGAAUGAGCGCUAUGGGCAACUGACUCUGCUCAACGCCACCUCCGCCGACACCGGUGAAUUCAGCUGCUGGGGGCAGCUGUGUAACGGCUACAUCUGCAGAAGAGACGAGUCCAGGACAGGCUCCACCUACAUCCUCUUCACAGAGAAAGGAGAGCUGUUUGUACCUUCUCCCAGUUACUUUGAUGUUGUCUACCUGAACCCGGACAGACAGGCCGUGGUUCCUUGUCGAGUGACAGUGGUGUCAGCCAAAGUCACGCUCCACAGAGAGUUUCCCGCCAAAGAAAUACCCACCAAUGGGACAGACAUUAUCUAUGACCUGAAGAGAGGCUUUGUCUACCUGCAGCCUCAUUCUGACCACCAGGGUGUAGUCUACUGCAAAGCCGAAGCUGGGGGCCAGUCUCAGAUCUCUGUCAAGUAUCAGCUGCUCUACGUAGAGGUUCCUAGUGGUCCUCCAUCCACCACCAUCUUGGCCUCCUCCAACAAAGUGAAUGGUGGGGAUGACAUCAGUGUGCUCUGCACUGUCCUGGGGGAGCCUGAUGUUGAGGUCGAAUUCAGGUGGAUCUUUCCCGGGCAGAAGGACGAAAGGCCUGUGACCAUUCAAGACACCUGGAGACUGAUCCACAGAGGCCUGGGCCACACCACAAGAAUCUCCCAGAGUGUCAUUACCAUUGAAGACUUUGAGACCAUUGAUGCAGGCUAUUACAUAUGCACGGCUCAGAAUCUCCGAGGGCAGACUACAGUAGCUACCACUGUUGAGUUUUCCUGACUUGGAAAGAGAAGUAUAAUGAACCGAUGGGGAAGCCAUCUGUCUACACAACAUUUGAGAUGAGUGCUUUGUGGGAGGCCAACACCAAGGGCCAGCCUGUGGGUCAGACAUCCAAAUUAAAAGGAAGUCAGUCUAUUAAUAGAAGUGUUAACUUUGUAUUUUGAUUACUUACAGCCAUGUUUCUAAUUUUUAUACCAAGAAAACAUGUCAAAAACUUUGUACAAUCAUUUCUAUUAAAUGAGCAAGAUUUUAUAAAAAAAAAAAAAAUGAGAUGAGUUGUCUGUUGUGCAUCCAGAAGGACCUCACAGCAAUUUUUGUGUUAGUACCUCGUAUUCUGUUUGAACCAAGUUCAACUGCUUACUCACAAGCAACAACUCGAGAUUCAAAUGCUUAGAUAUGUCACUUUAUCAAAGCUAAUGAGUUAAUUUAUAAAGGUAUCAAAAAUCACAUUUUUACAUUAAAUUGCCACACCGAAAGUACUAAUUUUUAAAUUCCUUAAACAAUUCAGUCUUUCACAUAACAUAGAUGAACAGGUUAAGAAAGAUUCAACUUUAGCUAGACCUGUCUUCAGAAGUACUUAAGACCACAGCUGUUCCAAUUUUCUUUUGCCAUACAGUAGAAAUUAUUUAAACUAGCCAAAAUUCAGUAUUCGAAUUUGGAAAAGCUUAAUCUUGAACUCAAGUUCUGCAAAUCCAUUUCAGCCCACAACAAUUUUACAGGGUUGGGAGUUCUGUAAAAUAGCAUGGGGAACUGUCUUAACUAAUGAGAGUUGAGAAGGGUGUAUAGAACAUAGCCUAAUGCUUUCAAGAGUGAAGUAUGCCAGAGGCUGCCAUUCUCAUAUUGAAUAUUUCAGCAUUAUUUAUUUGAUCAAAGUAAAAUACACUUUCCAUCACUAUAAACUACAGAUUUUCACACAUCCACAUUUUUUUUACGAUGUGUCAAGUUUUGUGUCCUACGAAAAACAUUGUUUAAAAACAAAAUGUAAAAGCUCUCUCUUUUGUUUCCUAUCUUCUCUCUUGUCUUCUAACCUCUGAAAGGUAUUUUAACUGCUGUAAGAUUGACUUUCCAGACACCUAAAUGGUAUGGAGGAGGACAGGGAAUCGCAUGAACUUUGACUGUAACUACAGCAUAAAUGAUAAACCCAACUUUGGCUAAUGUCAUUGGGCACAACUUGGGACUGGGUGCAGAGAUAUUCCAGGAGGUGGCAGUGAAGCUACAUUCUAUUUAUCAGAAGCAAACAUGGAAGGUUACAUACAUCAUAAACUAUUGGCGAUUAGAGACUUCAUUGAACACAACCACUAAUAGAAAGCAUGCGGCAUGAAUAUCCAUGAGCUACGCAGUGUACAGGCCCAUGAUGACUCUAAUAUCCACCUCUAGUAUUCUGAAUCUGUCCUAACUCUAGGGUUAUUAGAUCCGCCACUGAACACGGGUUAGUAAAUACUGACUGACAUCACAAUGCUGACAAAAGCUGGGAAGUGGAGGUGAGCAGCCACAGCGAUCCUUCUACCUUUCACCACGUCUUAGUCUGGGGAGGGGGUAAAUGAAAUUUUGGGAAGAAAUUCAAAUGCACUGUGAAGGAGUUGCAUAAGCCACAUUUCUCACUCUUUGGACGACCUUUCUGUUACAUUCCAGUGACGGGAGGACUGCCCAAAGGGGCCCUCAAGUCAGCAUCAACCACUCGGGCUCUUGAUCUAUUCAACAGGAAGUGUUGGUUUCACAAGGUGCUUCUGGCCAUCAGUACAUGCUGAAGGCCAUCUUUACUGACUUCCCUAAGGAUUUCCAAAAUUUGUACUCUCCGAUCCGGAUGGUAGCUUAUUGGAUCAGCACCUCAAAGAUAAGCUGGCUCCGGAACAGCACUCUGUAUUGGGGGACUAAGAGGUAGAAGGCUUGCCUCUGUGGCCCUAGGUGGAGCAAGGAAAGGUAGGUGCAGACAAUGGGGAGAGAAGACGAAGGUUGACCUCUGAAGAUAGCUUAGAUUCAAGGUGAAAAUAAGGCAGCAACCACCAUGGGUACUGCCCUCUUCUUCUUUAUACAGAUGUGUGUUUAGAAAAAUUAGCUCGUAGCCUGAGAAAAUGGAUCGGAGCAUAGGAGUUAGGCUCAUAAAAAAUCUACAGG